AUGCGUCCACUCUCACGAUACGUCUUCGCUGCUCUCGUAGCGUCCGGUGUCUCGAACGGGGCGGUUCAACUUCUAAACAUCCAGAAAACUACGUACCCAGAACUCUCCGACACUUGCAUCUCUGUCCUAAACCAAGAAGUCGCUUGUCAUUCCCUCCUCAAGGGGACCGGUGACAGAGAUGCCCUAGCUGGGAUCCGGAGGUUUUUCAGCAGAGAGGACCUCGGCAGGCUCUGCGCAGAUGAGUGCUCCAGGUCGCUUCAGGUGUGGAUGGGACGUGUUUCCGGAGCUUGCGAUGGUGCUGCAGUUGUUACCGGUGACUUCUCAACCGCUGUUCUAGCCUGGGCAGAGAUAUUUCGGGAAGCAUUCGAUUCGAUCUGCUUGAAAGAUGAUAACGAUCGUCUCUGCAAUACCGUCCUUGGUGAUCUGAUGGGAAUCGACCCGUCGAACCAACAGCGGACAGCCGAAGUUGCGUCGGAUGCACAUUGCAAUACUUGCUUCCUAUCGUUGUUGCAAACACAGCUUGCUAUGCCGUUGGUCUCCAUGGAAUAUCUUGAGAAGGCAUUCAAUACUGCCACCUCAUUGUGCUCGGAAACUCGCUUCACCCUGCCGACUCCUCCAUCCUCAUCAGUUGAUUGGGAAGUAAGAGUUACAAGAACGAAUCCCGAGGCACCCGAACCGACCCCGACCUGUGACGGUAUAGAAUAUUCGAUAGAUGGAAAAUCCUGUGUGGAAGUCGCCACGUCCGCUGGCACCAGUACCAUGAAACUGAUCGCCGCAAAUGGGCUCGGCGCAUUCUGUUACGGUUUCCCCAGCUCGGGCUCUCUUUGCAUUCCCAGAGAUUCCACUUGCACACCCUACGUUAUAAAAUAUGGUGAUACUUGUCUCUCGAUUGCUCAAAACCAUGAAACCACAUUCUUCCGAAUUGUAGGCUGGAAUCCGGAGCUAGGCAGAGACUGCAAGCGCAUACACCGGCAUGUCGGCUACGCGAUCUGCGUCUCCUCACCAGGCGGGGAGUCGGUUAGGCCCAAGCCCCACAUUACCUCUAUAUCACGCUCGACAAAAACGUGGAACUUGGAGGGUAUGACGCCUGUUGCACAGCAACCUAUCGCUACCCGCAUGAGAACCCCUGACGAAUUUACUAUCGAGGUGGCUCGGGGGACGCGUCAAGAUUGCCGUAUCUAUCUUGUCGGCGGCGUGACGACUCAAGAUGAGGUGAUCGGAGGAGCCAGCACCACCGCCUGUAGUGACGUGGCAGCCAGAUAUGGUAUCGCAUUGGAGAAUCUUCUCCUCUGGAAUCCAUCACUUUCCCGAGGACCAGACUGUGCUCUGCUCAGUGAUGCCCAAUACUGUGUGCAGGCGUUCAAAAUCGAUAGCGAGGGAAUCACGGAUGCCUGUGUGGGGACUUCCACCCCAAAGGCUACAGACGACUGUCGACAAUUCCACCUCAGGUUUGGCCUCGUAGAGGAGCAGUUUACCGCAUGGAAUCCCGCAGUGGGUAGAAAGUGUGAAAAUUUUGUCCUUGGGUUCAACUAUUGCGUGAGAAUCGAACAUUAUCGUCCACCAGGGAUCGUAUCAACUUGCAAUCAGUUUGUGACUGCAAAUAAAAGCUCUUACCGCCGUGAUUCAUGCAAGUUCAUAGAAGAGUUAUACGGACUAUCGCAUGAGCGCUUUGUAGCCUGGAACCCGGCUCUCAAAUAUGGGUGUGAUAUCUUUGCUGGGUACGACUACUGUGUGUCCAUCAGGAAGAGCUUCCAGAGAGUUCCCAAGGACCAUGGGGUACUGGACCAACUUGGCCCGCCAGUAGAGGAUUAG